UGUACAUUUCUCAGUAAUGUUAUGUUAGCUCGAUGUUAAUUCUGCCAUUAACCCUUAAACUUCGUUUGUGGUCUUUUUGACCCCAAAUGACGUUUGCUGAAAUAAUAAUAAUAAAAAAGUUCCCUUUAUCUAAAUGGCUUGAGACUUUGUACCAUUGUCAACGCUUGCUAGCUCUACAAAUAAAAAUUAAAUUUGAUUGAUUUCUGGUUUUAUGUUAGUGUGAAAAAAGUCACACUCAAAAUGUUUUGGGUCUCUGGAGACCCCACAUUGAAAUGAAUGGGGAAGCGAUAAAAUCAAUACUUUUUCUUUUUAAUAUGACAAAUAAACUAAAAUCACCACAAUGCAGAACACAAAAUACGGUACACAAAAAUGAAGUGGCAACCUUCCACAUGUUCACAAUGCAGAAUGUUUGCGCUCGCACACACAUAGCCUACAGAAACACACACCCCAAAAAUCACCCAUAAGUCAAUAGGAGACCAUAAAAAUAUUGAUUUCUGUUACAUAAUUUCUGUUACAGUUUAAUGUAGUGACUGUGAGUAGCGUGCGGACACUGUCUCCUGUCAGUGUCAGAGCUGUUCUUAAGCAAAGCUAAUUAUAGAAGGUCCUAAAGAGAGAGGAAAGAUUAGCCAUGAUUAAAACUCGUUCAGAAACAGUGAUAGGACAGACAGGUGAACAGCAGGUGUAGUGAAAGCACAGUAACACUUACACAUUUUCAAAUUGGCAUUGAUGUUUGGAUAUAAACACUGGCGCUGUUUGACCAUCAAUCAAAAAAUAAGUGGAGAGGAUACUGGGUUUUCACAGGUUCAUUGGGAGGGUUGCCCGGCAUGCAGACGUGGUAAUGCCAAGAGCUGAAUCUGCUUUAAUGGACAACUCGUGUCAGGCCUUAGUCUCUCAAAACGGCCUUCAGCCAGAGAAUGUGGACAUUUCACAGUCAGUACUUUACACAUCCAUCAUGGGACUCCUGCUGGUGACAGAUAACGAGAGAGAGCUGCAACUGGGAAAUGGACAAGUUGGACUGCGCAACGUUGAAAAUACUUGUUUUCUCAAUGCCAUCGUGCAGUGUCUCUCUCACACUCGUAGUCUUCGUAACUACUGUCUGAUGAGAACUUACCUUCAGGACAAGCACUCCAAACAAGAACCUGUGCUUAUGAAUGAAUUCUCUAAAGUUUUGGCUGGCUUGUGGGAAUGUAAUGGUGGGGAAACCACAGUGAAUCCUGGGAAGUUUUAUCACGUGUUUAAAGGGUCUGUGCCUUAUUUCAGUGGCUAUAGUCAGCAAGAUGCUCAGGAGUUCUUGCGGUUCCUUCUGGACAGGCUUCAUACAGAAAUUAACCGUCGUCCAUCCAAACAUCCUGCAGUUAUGGAAAUUAAGGAACCAACAUACACACGAUUCAGGAUUUCAGAGGAGGCCUUUGCAAUGUGGCAGAGGCAUCUUGACAGGGAUGACAGUAAAAUUGUUGAUUUGUUCUCAGGUCAGCUGCGCAGUUCCUUGCACUGUUCAGUCUGCUCCCAUUACUCCAACACCUUUGAUGUGUUUUGCGACCUGUCACUCCCCAUCCCAAAGAAGAGUGAUUAUGGACGAACUGUCACACUGAGAGAGUGUCUAGACCUCUUUUCACAAGAGGAAAAACUUGAUAAAGAAAACUCGCCGAUGUGUGAGCGGUGUAACCGUCGCACCGAGAGCACAAAAAGACUGACCAUCCAAAGGUUCCCUAGAAUCCUCGUAAUGCACUUAAAUCGAUUUACCAUGUCAAGGUACUCAAUCUCAAAGAGCACAGUGCCAGUUUCCUUCCCACUAAAUGGGCUGGAUUUAGGGCCAUUUGGACCUGUUGACUGCGGUCCAGUGCUGUAUGAUCUUUAUGCAGUAUGCAAUCAUUCGGGCACAGUAAAUAUGGGUCACUACACGGCUGCAUGUCGGGAGGAGGAGGGCUGGUGCUACUAUAAUGACUCAUGUGUGGGUGAAAUAACAGAGGAGAAGCUGCAGUCCAGUCAGGCAUAUGUUCUCUUCUAUGAGCUCAAAAGCUUCAAUAUCACCAGGAAAUGAGGGCAGAGAAUAUAUGUUGUUAUGAGAGACUUCAGUAAUUAUUUGGCAAAUUUCAGAUACCACAGAAAAAAAAAAAGCUGAACUGUGAGCUUGAAAACUGAUCAUUUUACAUUGUUAAAUUUCAUUGUACAUUCAUGUUAUUGAAGUAUUUUUGCUACACUAAACAAUGUGUUUUUAUUAACUUUAUGCACUUAGGAAAGCGCAUUCUUUUAGAAAAAAAUGCCUGUUAUUAAAAUAAA